UAUACCAUUUUGCGGCUGCUUUUACCCAGCUAAUGCGAUUUUUAAAUUUAGUUCACUAGCUUGGGGAGAGAAAGCAACCAAAGAGUGCAAUAUACAGAGACAUUUAUGCAUAUAUAGAUUCCGAGAGGCGUUAUAUAAUAUGCACUCAAAACAAACGAAAAAAACGCGCAAGAGAGACAAUAUUUCGAAACUACAAAUUUCGAAUCCUUUAAGAAAAAAGCGAUUUCCCCAAACAUAUUCUUUCGAGGAAUAAAUAAAAAAAAAAAAGCGAAAUGGAGAAGGUCUGCCAGUUUUUUCGCAACAACUAUGUGCUGGCCAACUGCGAGGAUGCGAUUUACAAGAAGGCGUUCACCCUAAAUCUAUCCCACUACCAAAUGACCGAGGUGCCGGACAUCAUCGAGCAGUGCGAAACGCUGAUGAAACUCUUCCUCAACCAGAACAAAUUGAAAAAGAUUCCAUCCUCCGUUGGCAGCUUGCAGCGGCUACAAGUUCUGACUUUGGACUACAAUAAACUGGAUGAAUUCCCGCUCUGCGUCUGCCGUUUGGUCCGGCUGAAGUUUCUCAACAUCAGCUGCAAUAGCAUACGUUCCUUGCCCCCGGAAAUUGGUUAUCUGACCCUGCUGGAGACCUUCUGGUGCAAUAACACCGGUCUUGAGGAACUGCCCGCCGAGAUUCGCAACUGCGAGCGCCUCGAGACGCUGGGGGUUCGAGGCAAUCCCUUGAAGAAGCUGCCUGAUGCCAUCGGAGCCCUGUCCUCGCUCCGUUGGCUCACAGCCGAGGGCUGCGAGCUCACGGAGGUGCCAUUGACAUUGGCACUGCUGGGGAACCUGGUCCAUCUGAAUCUGAAGGGGAAUAGGCUGAGACGACUGCCCAGGAUGCUGAUGGCCAUGCAGAAGCUGCGGUUCGUCUUCCUCAACGACAACCGCAUUGAUGAGCUGCCCUCGAGGUCUCAGCUGGAGGAGCUGCGCACCCUUCACAUGCUCAACUUGUCCAAGAAUCCCAUCAGUCGUCAUCCCGAUCUGCAGCUAAUGGCUUUGCGCCAGACCAACCUCUAUGUGGAUCCGCCGGCGGAUUCCGCCCAAGCCUGCGAUGGCCUGUCCAGCCGGGCUAGCCUCAACACCCAGGAACAGCAGGAGGAUCAGGCUCGGGGCGCCGGGCUGGACAUCGACUCCUCCGACUGGGCCAACAGCGUACGCACCAGCGAACUGGACACCACGGACGAGAGCACGCUGGAGAACAACAUCGAGGACCUGAGUGUCAUGCUGCCGGAAAUGUCGCGCUUCGUCACCACCUUUUGAGAGCAUAGAUGCUAGAUGUGCGCUCAUGGUCGGUUGUUAUGUAGCACUCAUAAAUCUGUGGUUUAUUCUCUACAA